AUGAGUGCAGCCUUUCCGCCGUCGCUCAUGAUGAUGCCGCGCCCUUUGGGAAGCAGCACUGCCUUCAGCAUAGACUCGCUCAUCGGCAGUCCGCCGCAGCCCAGCCCGGGCCACUUCGUCUACACGGGCUACCCCAUGUUCAUGCCCUACCGGCCUGUGGUGCUGCCGCCGCCGCCACCACCACCCCCGGCGGCGUUGCCCCAGCCGGCGCUGCCGCCCUCGCACGGGCACCACCACGCGCAAAUGCCCAGCCUGCCCGCCAGCUUCUGCUCCAGCCUGGCGCAGGGCAUGGCGCUCACGUCCACGCUCAUGGCCACGCUGCCGGGCACCUUUUCCGCCUCGGCACAGCACCAGGAGGCGGCCAGGAAGUUCGCCCCGCCGGCGCUCCAGGGCACCUUCGACAAGGCGGACGGCCUGCAAGCCGAGGCCGAAGACGGCAAGGCGUUCCUGGCCAAGGAGGGGUCGCUGCUGGCCUUCUCGGCCUCCGAAGCGGUGCAGGCGUCCCUUGGGGCCGUCCGAGGCGCGUCGGGGAAGGAGGACGCCAAGGCGGCGGAGGAGGAGGCCAAGGGCAAGGAAGAGAGCUUCUCCAUGGACAGCGACCUAGACUACAGCUCCGAUGACAACCUGCCGGGCCCCGCGACGCACAAGGAGGACGACUCCGGCCACGGGCUGGAGGAGGGCGGCCCCAGCUCGGCCAGCGCCAACAGCACCACGUCGACGGGCAAGAACCGGAGGCGGCGGACGGCCUUCACCAGCGAGCAGCUCCUGGAGCUGGAGAAGGAGUUCCACUGCAAGAAAUACCUGUCGCUGACGGAGCGCUCGCAGAUCGCGCACGCGCUCAAGCUCAGCGAGGUGCAGGUCAAGAUCUGGUUCCAGAACCGGCGCGCCAAGUGGAAACGGGUGAAAGCCGGCAACGCCAACUCCAAGACCGGGGAGCCCUCCCGGAACCCCAAGAUCGUCGUGCCCAUCCCCGUCCACGUCAGCAGGUUCGCCAUUAGGAGUCAACAUCAGCAGCUGGAGCAGGCCAGGCCCUGA